AUGAAGAAAUUAUUAAAUAAAAUCGUUGGGUAUUAUAUUUUGAAAAUUUUAUGUACCCACAGAUCCAACGGCCAUCAGUGUAAAACAUUAAUUGGACUUAUUGGUGCUCCUGGAGCUGGUAAAUCAACUAUUUGUAAUAUCAUUCUUUACCUACUAUAUGGCUUCAAAGCAGAAUACUUUAAAACAUCAGAUGAUCAUAAAUCAUUCACCAAAGGUGCAAUGGUGAUGUCUGAAUCAGCAAGAUCAAGAAUCUCUGGAAAGCAAAUCAAUUUAGAACCUUUGGAUAUGGAAGGCUUCGAUAUCAAUGAAGAACAUUGUUGGGCCAUGAAUAUGGUGAUGUCUACUUUAUGUCCCGUUAUGAUGUUCUGUUGUAGAGAAACAAGAGCAAACUUUUUGUAUGAUGCUCUGAAAGUUUUCAAGAAAGGAUUGGUAGCAACCAAACAAUUUGGAUUGAAACCAAUUACCAAACAGAUCUUCAUUAUGACAAAUUUCAAACCAGAUAUUGUCAUUAAAUGUGUCAAUGAAUGCAAAGAAAUACUUCAAGAUGAUAGUAUUGAAAUCAUUCCAUUCAAAUUCCCAACUAUGCCAAUGGAAGAUGAAUCUACAUCAAUGGAUGUUAUUUUACAUCCAAGAUUGGUUGAAGCAAUUAAAGUUGGAGUUUUAGAUAAGAUAUCAAUCUCCAACCAACUUCAAUCUGCUUCAUCUUUUUCAGAUUAUGUGAAGGAUUUGUUGAAAGCAUUCAACUCUGGAAAUCAUAUCAAAACUGGUGAAGUUGUCAAGAAAUAUUUCUUGGAUGAUUGUAAGAGAAUGAUCGAACUUGAAAAGUGCAAAAAGAGAAUCGAAUUGCAAACUACAGCAUCAUCUUCCUUGUUAACCUCAGUCGAUACCACAUUGGUCCAAUUCAUUGGAACUCAAUCAUUCACAUUUACAAUCAACGUGAAAUCAGCAUCAUGUUACAACGAUAAAUGA